GCGUCCGGCUUCCACGACGAGGUGCAGAUGCUCAGCAAGUUUAGGCACCCCAACUUGGUGACCCUGCUCGGCUGGGCGAAGGACGAGGACGCCCGAUACCUGGUGUACGAGUUACUCUCUGGCGGCGACCUGUUCCAACGGCUGGUGCGGAGCCGGCGCGCGGCGUCGCAGCCGUUCACUUGGCAAGAGAGGCGGAUCCCCUGGCUCUCCGUGUGCCUUGACGCGGCCACGGGGUUAUCGCACCUGCACAACUCCACGCCGCAGGCGUUCCACCGGGACGUGAAGAGCGCCAACAUCGUCCUGAGCGGCUCCGGCACCGCCAAGAUGGCGGAUUUCGGGCUGAGCUGCACCGCAGGGCCCCUGGAGGCGGCAACUCUCAGGGCGGUCUGCGGCACGCCCGGGUACCUGUGCCCGCUCUACAAGGCCACGGGGCGCAUGUCCGAGGGCAGCGAGGUCUACUCCUUCGGGAUGGUCAUGCUGGAGGUCGUCGCCUCAGCGUGGGCCGAACGUGCUGCCCCCGGCGGCUUGGCCUACCCCAUCGCGCGCAGCAUCAUGCCGCAGCAGGCGGGAGCGCUGGAGAGGUGCAUGCAGGGCCUGGACAGGGGGGCCGCCUGGCCGACGGAGGAGAACAAGGAGAAGAAGCAACAACACGCAUCGGGGCCCGACCUCGCGUGCACUGGCGCGCAGGCUGCCCGCGCCAGGAUAAUGAAGAACUUGAACGACGGCAACGAGCGCGAACCGACCAGCGGGAUGGACGCUGUGGAGGAGAAGUUCGGGCUCCGCCUCAGCUCCAUGGGGAAGCGCCAGGCACUCGUGCCUACGCUGCCCACAAAGCCCAACAAGCCGUCGGAGUUCUUCGACGUGCUGCCGGUUCCACAGUGGCAAAGAAAAGGUGACAUCUCAUGCCAGUGGAAGCAGUUGGUUCGAGUUGAUCCACAGCAGGGCGACGCGCCCCUUGUUCUCUCCUUCGUCAUGGCCAACGUCCGCGAGUUCAACCUCGACAAGCAGGGCAUCGUCGCAGGCGUCAAGGCACCCCGCACGGGCUCGGUGAAGGCUGAGUGGAGCCUUUAG